AUGAAACAGCUUCUGAGGGUUCUGACUUGGAGGAAUAUGUUGGUCCUCUCAGUGGCCGUAAACUUCAGCUUGAUUCUAAGGAUUUUGAAUGGUGACGGUGGAAAUUCCAGGGAUAGACCGGCGUAUGUUAGUACGUGGCCAGUGGUCUCCACCACGGGCACAGGAUCUUCUUCCUUGUCUUCAAGAUCUUGCAACUAUAGCGAGAUUGAAGAAGACGAUGACAUAAUUAUCAAUCUCAAACUUGGCGAUCCAACAGUAUAUGAGAGAUACUGGCAAGAAAUGGGGGAGGUGACAACAGUAGUGAUACAUGGAUGGCAAUCGCUAAGCUAUUUUUCAGAUAACAACAACAACCUUUGUUGGUUUCUUGAGCCAGAACUUGGUAAAGAGAUUGUGAGGGUACAUAAGCUUGUUGGGAACGCUGAAACGCAAGACCAUUUCAUUGUUGUUGGCACUGGCUCAACACAGUUGUAUCAGGCUGCUCUCUAUGCUCUCUCCCCACACGAUGACUCUGGUCCCAUUAAUGUCGUAUCUGCUGCACCCUAUUAUUGUUCGUAUCCGUUGAUUACAGACUGUCUCAAAUCGGGUUUAUAUCGAUGGGGCGGAGAUGCAAAGGCAUACAAGGAAGAAGAUCCCUACAUUGAACUUGUUACGUCACCAAACAACCCUGAUGGGUUAUUGAGACACGCAGUGGUGAACCGUAAUGAAGGUAUACUGAUCCAUGAUUUGGCUUACUACUGGCCGCAGUAUACGCCAAUAACAACGAAAGCUAACCACGAUGUAAUGCUCUUCACUGUUUCAAAGAGCACUGGCCAUGCAGGGAUGCGAAUCGGAUGGGCUUUGGUGAAAGACAGAGAGACAGCAAGGAAAAUGACAGAGUACAUAGAACUCAACACGAUUGGGGUUUCAAAGGACUCGCAGCUUCGAGCAGCCAAGGUUCUGAAGGUUGUGUCAGACAGUUGUGGGAAUGAAAUGGCCAAAUCCUUCUUUGAGCACAGUUAUGAUGCCAUGUCCGAGAGGUGGAAGCUAUUGAAACAAGCGGCGGAGAAUACCAAACGUUUUACCGUUCCUUAUUUCACCUCUCAACGCUGCAAUUUCCUUGGCAAAGUAUUUGAGUCACAACCAGCUUUUGCAUAUUUAAAGUGUGAAGAAGGGAUUGUGGAUUGUGAGAGGUUUCUCAGAGAGAAUAAGAAGAUUCUAACGAAAAGUGGAAAGUACUUCGGAGAUGAGGAGAGUUAUGUGAGGAUAAGCAUGUUGGAUAGAGAUACUAACUUUAAUAUUUUCCUUCACAGGAUUUCAUCUUCAUACAAUGCAAAUGUGCAAGUACAUGUGGGAUGUGAUGAUGACCUAGGUCGUAAUUAA